UAAAAACAAAAAUUACAAGCAAAGCCGCAAAUUUUAUAAACAAAAGCCUUUUGGGAUAUUACUUAAGCCCCCCAAUAGCAAAAACAACAGCAAAAAUGUCGAUGUCGAUGUCGACGUCGACGUCACUGCGCAGCCUCAGCAUCAUCUUCAUCGUCUUUUGCUGUGUCAGCAGCGGCAGCAUCGCACAAGAUACCUCCGGCUAUUACUUCCCAUCACAAAACCGCUUCGUGCCAUCUUCCGGCUCUUUUCCCCGUCAGCAGCAAUCGCUUAAUGGCUUUCGAGGGAGCAACAGCAACAGCGGCUUCUCCGCAGCCCCUGGCUCCUACCAGGAACAGCUACUGUUCAUAGCCAACGAGAACAGCAACAGCAACAACAAACAGACGCAAAGUGCAGCCAACUCUCCAUAUGGAACGCAGUUUGGGGGCAGUCCACCAUUUGCGAAACCGAAUCGCCAGACGGACUAUUACGAUAUCUCGCCACGCCCCUUUGGUGUGCCCGUCAGUGGCGGAGUAGGAGGAGGAGUAGGAGGUGGCGCAACAUCCCAGUCAGCGUCCGCAACUUCAUCGAAUGGAUUUACACGCUCCAAGGCGAUACGCAACGGCAGCGGCAGUGGAAGCGGUGGCAGCAACAGCUUGGGGAACAGCCUGAACGGCUUCCAGCCACAGACGCAGCGCGUCAAUGUGCCACACCAACAGACGCAGUUUCUGGCGCACUUCAAUGAGAACGACAAGCGAUUGACUUCGAGCAACGCUGGACUGCGACCCUUCGGCAAUGGGGGCGGCUUCUCACCGAGUGCGCAUCGUACCCGCACUCAAGCACCGCCUGCGUUAGCCGCAGAGGCCGAUGCCCCGCCCCAAUCGGCGGCGACACCGUAUCGUUUACGCAAUCGCUUUCACCCUUCAACGUCGGCCGCUUCGUCCUCGACCCCAACAUCGACCACAACUGGCAGCAGUGCAGAGGUGAGCAGCAAGCGUUAUAAUCGGUUUGGCAGUAAUCGUGGUGCUGCGAAAACCACCAGCACCACAAGCAGCAACAGCGCAAGCUCAACCACACAGAAUACCCCAGCGGAGCGUCCGAGCUUUGGACGCAAGCCCAAUCCACGACGUCCUGUGUUCAUUAGUCGGGAGAUCAAUGAGCCAGUGAGUGUUGUUAGCAAGCGUCCCUUCAACUAUAACAGUGCCAGGCUGAAGCUACCACGUCCCACAUCCAUCACUACCAGCACCACAGAGGGUGUGGAUCUGAAGGAAAGUGAUGAGCAAUACGAGCAGGAGUCGCAAGAACAAGAGCCAGACCACCAACAGCAACAGGAGCAUGAGCAAGAGCAGGAGCAGACUCACAGUGGAGAACAUGAGGAGUCAUCGAGUUUGGAGAAAUUGCCGUUGCAGGAGGAGACAAUUACGCCGAUUGCUGUCACCAAAACGGAGCUCAACAACAGUCAGGAGCACACUUCGAUUCCAGAUGCAUCCGAUGAUGAUCAGGUAGUGGAAACGACAAGCAAUGAGGACUUGGACAAGUCCAACACUAGUAGCAGUACCAGCAGCACCGAGGAGAGCCAAACUGAUUCCUCGGAGGUACAUGAAUUCAAUGAGGAGACCACGCUACCAAAUACCGGGCACGAAUACGAAUACGUUGAGGAGGAGGAGAAGGCGACCACAGCGAUAUCCAAAGACAAAGACUCGACGGAGGAGGAGCAAACGGAACUGGAUGCCAUCACCACCACUGAGCAGCCAGCUGUUGAACCUGUUAGCACCACAACUCCUAGCAACACAGAAGCCAAACCAGCGGUGCCGGAAACUCAAAAGGAGGACUCCGUCAAGCAAGAGGACGAGUCCGAGUACGAUGACGAGGAAGGUGAAGGUGAAGAAGGUGGAGAGGAAUAUGAAUACGAAGAUGAGGAGGAAGGUGAGGCAGCUGAAGGCGGCGAGGAGGAAAGCAAAGCGGAAAAUAAUGCCACUGCCGAGACUGAGGUGGAGACCACGCACAGCAAUGAAAAGGAACACGAAGAUGGACGUGAGAUAAUCUCUGUGGUGACAACGAAAAGCGUUGUCAAUGGCUCCACAGCAUAUCCGUCACCCGUUACACCCAGUAGCUUGGGCACAACCCUUACGGACAGCCAACCAGCUCCACUGUUGCUCAAAGAACGAGAAGAGUCGGAUGUUGCCGAUGACGUUGUCAACACAACGGCACUGCCAUCCGAAGAUGAUAGCGCUAGCGUACCCAAUGUGACCGAAAGCUAUGUGGUAGUGGCAUCAAUACAAACCAGUCGGAGCAUCAAUGGCGCCAGGUUCUUGUCCUUCCCAGCUAUCGAACAGGAGGAGACGAAGCAAACGCUGUCCGAGCUGGAACGCAAGGUGCACUCGAAGCAACAGCAAAAGCAGGCCGAUCUCAACGAGAGCAGUGAGGAGCCGAACACAACAACGCCAACAUCAACAAUGGACUCUUCCUCGUCCUCGUCAAGCACCACAGAGAGAUCAUUGGCAGCGCAGGGUGUCUCCACGGAGAGCAUCAUCGAUAAGCUGGACCGCGUGCAGUCGGAAUUAUCGAGUGGUGUGCUCUCGGGCAAGUAUCCCAUCAUUAGUCAAAUGGAUGCUGCCUCAACACCCGCAACGACGAUAACAACUGGUGGCAGAUUUGCACCACACAUACGCAAGUUCCAGCCGCGCACCACCGCCUCGCCCAGCACAACGAGAAGUGGCAGCAAGCUGAAGGUGCAGCACUUCGAUGAAGCUGAAAUGGAUGAGUUGGCCGGCCUACUACCAGUGGGCUUCAAACCCAAAUCGAGCUACAAGAAUCGCAAGAUCACCACAACUACAACAACAACAACAACGGAGUCACCUCUCAAUAAGAAGCCCGGUCGCAACUCAACAAUUAGUCGCUCCUUUAAGAAUGGUGUGAUCAGCGUGCAGGAUGUCGGCUUAGCCGGUCUCUUGCCCAAAGGCUAUAAGCCACCCAGGACGACAACAACAAAAGCAUCAACGACCAAGACUUCCAAUGUGCUCGACAGCCUGUUCAGCGACGUUAAGUUUGAUGAUACCCUCGCAGCUCUGCUGCCCAAGGAUUACAAUUUGAACGCCUCGACGUCGAAGCCAGCUAUCAGCAUAGUCGACGAUAUUUCCAAGUUUUUGCCACCAGGAUUCAGUCCCUCAACCCCAACAGCCACCGCAAAAACAACAACUACAACGCAAAGAUCCCCAGCAGUUGCUGUACCCUUCGAUGAUUUGAGCAAGUUUCUGCCACCUGGUUAUAAGGCAGCAAAGAAACAAGAUGUGCCAAAGAUUAUACCACUUAAGGUGGAUGACAUAAGCAGUUUGCUGCCACCCGGCUUCAAGCUAAAUGGCACCAUCGAGAAGCCGAAGCUGACCGUGGCCACUGAAGAUGAUGAGUUGCUCGCCUCGCUGCUGCCACCGGGCUACAAGUCCAAAUCAUUCUUGCAUCCCGCCUCCACAUCGACAACGACAAGCAAGCCUAAGCCAAGUCCCAGCAGCACCGAGGCACCCGCAAUGGAGACCACUACCAGUGGAUCCGGUCUAAAGGUCGUCUUUCCCAAAGGCUUCCACAAGCGUAUCGGCGUCCAUAGACUGACGACGCCACACCCAUCGCACGAUGGAGAUUCGCAUGAUUCGCAUAGUCCACAGUCUGGCGGGGAACCACCGGUGGUGAUUAAGAAGGGUCCGCCGAUGCGUGCAACCACCGAGUUUACGGGCUGGCCAACACCACCGACGACACCGCUUUCGAUAGAAAAGUUGAACGCUCAAACCAUUAACUUUGAGGAUCUGCUGACAGCAGCGGGCACCAGUAGCAGCACCACAACAACAACAACAUCAACAACAACGACGACCACGACUACUCCACGACCCACCAAGCCCGGACAUUGCACCGCUGAUUGUGACUUGGAGGCGACUAUCAAGAUUAUCGAUGGAGUGGCCUGGAAACCGGAGCUGCUGGAUCACAACACGCUCGAGUGGAAGAAUCUGGCCCACGAGCUAGAAGCUCAGCUCAAUGAUGUCUACUCGAAUGCCGCCCAACUAAAGAAGUGGUACAAAAAGGUGCGCAUCGAUAGCUUCAGUGAAGGUAGCGUUUUAGUUGAUUACUACGUGGAGCUGGCGAACAUCACCGAGGAUGUGGACACCCUAGAGAUUAAGCAGCUGUUCCACGAUGCGCUAACCAAGCCCGCAACACACAUGCUGCCCGACAAGGAUGCACAGGAGAAUGAAACGGAUAGCGGCAUCUCAGGUCCACAGGAGGAGCAACUAGUCAAGGCCAGCUAUCAAAUGGGCAAAUUUAUAAUAGAUCCAGUAGCCACCGAGUUCAGUGUCAUUGCCAAAAAUAUACAUACCAAUGUGGAGUCCCCCUCGGAUGAUUUACCCAUUCCACAAUGGGCAAUUGUGGUUAUUGUUAUCGGUGUUGGAUCGCUAGUCUUUGUCAUUAUCUUUGGCGUUACAGUGCUGCUGAAUCGUCAGAAGCGCGCCAAGAAGACACCAAUUCCACUGACGAACGAUAUGCUUAACGAGCUGAAAGUCAAUCACAUGGGUGGUGCGGAUAACUAUGGAGUGGAUGACUUCUACAACAUUGAUGAUCCCUGGAACGAUACCAAACAGCCAAUUAAGCCAAAGCGCUUCACAAAUUCAAUGCAUGGCAGCAAUAGCUCCAAUAUCUACGAUAGCUGGAGAUCCACUCGUCAUCCACAUGGCAGCAACGCCGACUAUUUCUACGAUCAGCAGCCGACAUACUCCCAAAAGGGUGACUCGCUGAAGCGCCCCCAACUUCAUCAUCAGCAUCAGCAUCAACAUCAUCAGCAGCAGCAGCAGCAGCAACAAUAUCCGGCCCAUCAGCAGGGCUAUGGCCAUCAAUAUCCGGAUGCCUUUGCCGAUGCGCAUCAGAUGUAUAGCUAUAACAAUCAUGCGAGUCGAACGCGUUAUUCGCGCGAUUACGAUCCGGACUUUUAGUUAGUCCCCUCCCAAAUCUAAUAAUAUCCUCGACUAACCAUGUUCUAGCUUUAGAUAUUUACGGCCUAUCUGGUGUUGUAAAUGAAUAGCUUAAAGUUUAUACAUAUGAGUAAAAUAUAAUGCUGCUCAGUAACAUAUAUAUCUAUAUAUAUAUAUAUAUGUAUUAAGGAUAAGGCAGGUAUCGUACUAUUUAUAAAAUACAUACACAAUCGUAGAUAAAAAUCAACAGGACUUCUAUGUAGCUAUCAGAGCUUUCUUCUAGUAUUCUACCUGCCUCUUUUAUAUAUAUAUAAUUGAUAUCUCUACUAAAUCUAUUAAAAAUACUUGUUCUACAUACUGACAUAUGUAUAUGGAAAUAAGGAGUGCGCAUGUGGACUCCCAAAAAGUAAAUAGUCAUGCACAUUUAGUUAAUGCUAGUUUGUAAUUAUAUAGUAAACGUAUUGUAUUAAUUUAAUUUCUGGCGGCUUAAUAUAUUACUAUAUACACAUGUCUUUAUU